AUGUGGGAUUGCCUGAUCACGACUGCUGUGAAUUCCCUGACCAGCCUGUUCUCGGGCUUGGUUAUCUUCACCUACCUGGGAUACAUGUCCGCUCGACAAGGGAUCCAUAUCAGCCGAGUAGCAACAGAAGGUCCAGGUUUGGUGUUCCAAGUGUACCCAGAGGCCAUCGCGACACUGCCAGGUUCUCAAUUGUGGUCCGUCCUCUUUUUCAUCAUGCUCAUUAUGUUGGGCCUGGAUUCCGCGGUGAGGAAACAUGAUAACUUCAUUCGCUAUCACGAAUUUUAUCUUUAUUAA